GGAUGCCCCGCAAUUGCACCGCAGAUUCACGUCACCUGCAACCAAGCAGCGGUUCCGAUAAGAGCAUGCUCAUUGCUCACAAAGCAGACAAUGCGGGGGGUGUCAGGUGCCCGAACCGGCACCAAAUCAUGUCAUUGCUCCAACAACUUACUUGAGAGGCGACGAAAGCCUGAUCCAAUGAUUGUUCGACAUCUUCGGCCGUUAGGCCCGACCACGAACCAGAUGUGGUCCAGCCUCCAGCCUCUAGCCUCUUAUCUAGAAGGUCAGGCGACUGACUGACUGACACAUAGAGACCUGAUCUCAACGUUGCUUCACCACUGGAAAGCAGUGUGGUUUCGCUCCCGACCACACGACAUCCAUCCUGCAGUGGUUGAGGUCCUCUCAAGCUUCAUUCAGUAAUUUUCACCACGCAAACCAUGAGUACCGCCGCCAGAAUGUUUGGAGAAGUCAUGUCUCUCCGCCGCCCCAGCGCCUCGGCGCCUGCAGACAACAACACCCACCCCUCCUUCCCGAUCUACCUCCUCCCCUCGCUGCACAUCCCCUUCCGCCGGCGCCGCAUCUACGAGCCGCCCCCAUCACCGCCGUCAAGCUCCAGCGAGCCCUCUUCCCCAGGUAGCACCACCCCCUCGCUUUCCGCCUCUCCAACCUCUCCUUCCACCCCACCCCGCCGUCUCUCCCGCGCCCAGCCACCCACCCUCCGGUGCAGCAGUUGUUCCACCGACCUGGCCUUCCUCUCCCAGAUCGUCAGCAAGGGCUUCACUGGCCGCCACGGCCGCGCCUACCUCGUCGCUCCGCCUCCCCACCCGCACCCGUCCGCACCAACACCACCAUCCCCGCCGGGCGGCGCAAAACGGCAGUCGGAUAGUACGGAUGCGGGCGCAAACCGGGACCUGGCCAACAUCCGCGUUGGCCGACCCGAAACCCGCCGGCUGGUCACCGGCGCCCACGUGGUAGCAGAUAUUUACUGCUGCGGGUGCAGCGCCGUGAUCGGGUGGAAAUACCUGGACACGGCGGAGCCCGCGCAGCGGUACAAAGUGGGCAUGUUCAUUCUUGAGACGAGGAGGGUGGUGGGGUUUUGCUGCUGGGAGGAUGUCGAUGUCGGGGACUUGGACAUGGACAACAGCAUGGGUAUCGCUCAUCACAGGCACGGGGAGGGCGGCGGGAAUGGGAGGGAUGAAGGGCAUGACGAGGGAGACGGCGUGGUGGUGUUUGACUCGGAAGAUGAAGAGGAGUGCGAGGAUAUGUUUGCGGGCGUGUGGGAUGCCACGGUAGUGGCCCGGCGGCGGAGGAGUCGA